GCCGCCGCCGCCGCCGCCGCUGCCGCCGGUUCCGCGCGGCCCUGCCGCAUCAGCCGCGUCUGCCGCAUCACCGCCUGGGCUCCCGCGCCUCAGCCCCAGCGGCCGUCACCAUGUCUUACAACUUCAAGCCCGGAGAUCUGAUCUUCGCCAAGAUGAAGGGCUACCCCCACUGGCCUGCCAGGGUAGACGAGGUACCCGAUGAUGUGGUCAAGCCCCCGCACAACAAGCUGCUCAUUUUCUUCUUCGGCACCCACGAGACGGCCUUCCUGGCCCCCAAAGACAUCUUCCCCUACUCCGAGAACAAGGCCAAGUACGGCAAACCCAACAAGAGACGAGGCUUUAACGAAGGUCUGUGGGAGAUCGACCACAACCCCCGCGUGAAGCCCUUCAAGAAGCGGCCUGUUGCCUACACUGAGGUAGAAGGUGGGAAAAAGGAGGGGGGCUCUUCCAAGGGAGAUGGGGAGGGGAAACCCAGGUAUGGCCCCAUGGCCCCCAAGUCUGCGGGUGCAGCCUCAGCGGCCACUGCCUCCACUGCUGGUGUUCCCAGAGGGCGAAAGAGAAAAGCUGAGAAGCCUCUGGAGACCGAGGAAAUCGAGGGAGCCAAGGCCACCACCUCCACCACUACCCUGACUCCUCAGGUGAGUCCCAAAAAGGGGAAACUAUGGCCACCUCCCUCCCCAACCCCUGCUGCAGUGAGGAUGAACAACCCCAAGGGGAAGGCCAAGAUGUACAAGCUGACCAAUCCUGGUGAAGGGGAAGGGGCUCCUGAGGAGGAGAAGGCCAAGAAAAGGGGGCAAGAGGAAAAACCACCCAAAAAGCAGCUGAGAAAGGAUGAGGAGAGCGAGAAGGAGGAAGAGAAGCCCAAAAAAGAUCUUGGCAAAAAAGAAAUGAAGAAAGAAAUUGACCCAAAAAGAAAACUUGGGAAAUCAAGCAUGGCUGCUGGCAUGAUGGGGUCCGACUCUGAGGAGGAGGGGGAAGAACAAGAAGGUGAAAGGAAAAGAAGAUUAUCUCGGAACUUUGAAGUUGUACACAGAAAGGGCGCCUUAAAGGGUCAGUUUGAGAAAGAGGAGGAGUCGGAGGUCGAACCUCAAACCGCUUGUAACCUUCAGUAAAAAAAAAAUUUGAAAAAAGAAGAAAAACCAUCCGGGGGGUCCAAAACAAAGCAGAUACAGGUGAUUUAUCCAAGAGAUGAUCAUCCUGUGACUCCCAGAUGUCUGUUUUUCCCACCCCAGUGAAAAAGUCUUGUUCCUGUGUUGAAAAGUUUUUGAGGACUUUAGUGUUUAUCUUUUUUUUGUUUUCACUGUUAAAUAAGUUCUUCUGAGGCACGUUCUACCUUUCUUGCAGGUGUUUCUUUACUUAGCUUCAAAAAGGGACUGUUUGUGUGAAAGUGUUCAGAAGAUUGGCUACAUCAAGAAUUGGGGACUUUAAAAAGGUGACUUUUUAAGCUAGGCAUUGAACUGGAAUUGUGAUCUAACUGCACCCCUGAAAAGGGGCAAGUUGUGCCCUUUCUUUGGUGUUUCUUUGCGCUUUAAUUGUUUACUGUUUUCGUGCUGUACUUUUUGUUUACAGAAAUCCUUGACUUUUCUAAAUGAUAUUUGGUACUAUUUUAAAAACAGGUUAAAAUUGGAAUUAACUUAGUACUGCUAGUACAGCUAAAUUAAAGUGGUAGAUAUUAU